AUGGCAGCUUUCGCGAAUUCGUUCAUUGGCCUCCCAGGAGUCAAUUCCGUCGGUUAUGCAGGCAAUGUGGCAUAUGGUUUCAGUUUGACGACUUCUGAAUUACAAGAACAACUCGGCUUACUGGGUCCGAUCAACUCGAUCUGCACAUCGGUCGAUAUCCUCACACUGGAAAUCUCCGAUGCUACCUGCCCUCCUACCGUCAUCACAACGCCACAGUGCAAUGUCAAUGUUGGGUUCUGCGCCUUAGAGAGCAUGGCAGACGCCGGCAUUACAUCUGGUACUUGCACCAAUGGGAUUUUUCCAUGCACUUCCGAUCAGGUCAUUGCAAAGGCGAUCAACUCGUGCAAUGCCUUGGGCGCGGCCUGUCAAGCAUACGGAAAUAAUGGGCUUACGCCACUUACUGCGUCAGUAUCAGUUGCGCAAAUCGAGGAGAAUAUUGCGACCUACGCCUUGGCCAACACCUGCCUUGUGGGAACGACUGUCACACUCAGUGACGCUUCAUGCUAA